AUGGCACAACAAGUAAUUAAUAACGCUGCUCUUUCAACUAAGACUGAUCUACCGCCGGCCAUUUCAUUAGCGUCGUCAUCUUUUUGGUGCCAAACGAAAGCUACAGUCGAGGAAAUCGAUUUAGAAUGGACGAUCGAACGAUUGACGUUUUUAGAUAAUGGUGGAAUGUGGGAACCAUUGUCGGCCGAGUUUUCUAAUAAUAUCAAGCUGAGUAUCAAUUUGGAUCCGCAUUCCCAAAUUGUAGGAAUAAAGCUACUUUACCCAGCUUUUUCAUCUCCAAUUAAAGUGGAACUCGCCAUUUUCAAUGAGAAAUGCAAGAAAAUUUUCCAGAAUACCAUCAGUAUUCGACAACCUACUAAAUUCCUUGUAAACGUGUUUGAUGUUAGCAAAAAAGACUUGCUCGAGUCUGGGGAUUUUUUGAAUGGGAAUAUCACCAUUUAUUGCAAAAUCGGAUCUCUGAAAAGAAAUGUACUGAAGGGAAAAGCUACAGCAACCGAAGGAUAUCUUCACAAAACCCCAACCAGAGACAACAACCAAGAUCGUAUUCUCCAUCAGCUCGAAGAACUUUUUGAAAAAAUGCCCUUAAGUGAUGUCACUUUUAACAUCCGUGGUCGCAAAUUUGGAGCCCACAAGGCUAUUUUAGCAAUGACGAGUCCGGUGUUUGCCGCCAUAUGUUUCAGCACCCGACCAAAGAGUUGCAGUCCGGACAGGUGGAAGUGGAUGAUAUCGAUGCUGAUGUCUUUCAAGAAGUUCUUCGUUUCUUGUACACCGGCUUACCACAAUCAACAGCCAUGGACGCUAUGGCACCGGCACUUUUGGCUGCUGCCGACAAAUAUAUUUUGGAAAACUUGA